CAACUGCUCCUCAUUCUUGAGCAACUUGGAAGUAUACACUUUCUCAUCCCCGCAUGCGAUAGCCUGGUGUGCGUUUGUAGAAGGGCGUGGGGUUUUGGUGUUUCUGGAAGUGGGAGCAAGUAUUUGGGAGUAUUUCUCUUUCUAGAUACAAAGGAUUAUUAAUUUAUCAGCGGGCGAUACGCCAUAAACAAGCUUAAAUUGGAAAGUGUCCGACGCGCGGCGUGGGCGGAAAGAGAGGAUCCUUCCGUUCGAUUAUUGAGGAAGAGGAGGGCCGUUGUUGGCCUUCUUGAAUCGAAGGAAACGCGAAUCUAAAUCGCAAGAUAGUAUUAGAGGAAAAAGGGAGGAGGAGGGUCGCUGGAUCCCGGGGGGAAACCAGUGAGACAGAUCUUGUGGAGUUGGUCUCGAGGAUUGGGGGGGAGUGGAGCGAGGAUUUGGGCGCCGAAUCGGCCGCCGGAAAAGAUUCGAUCGACACCCCCUUUGGAUCCCCCCCCCGCUCUCUCCAUCUUCAUGCUUUGCGCAACCCCUCAGACAAAGCAAUCGUUGCCAAUUUAGCGAGAUCUCUGGCGCUUGGAGAUAGAUGUUCCCUUUUUUAAUGAAUUUCUCCAACGUUCUCUUCUUAAUAUAACUCCACCCAUCACCUCAUUCCUCCAUCCAAAGCUCUCCUCCCUUUUUUUUAUUUUUUCUUUUUAAUUUUGUUUUGUUUAGAUGCUCGUUCCAAUGAUACGUGCGCGUGUCUUGGUCUUGUCUUUCUCCUCCGUGGUUCUUGUUGAUCCAGGGCCUGGCUUUUUGAGUCGUUUGUAUGGAUGGUAGAUGCCACCUCUAGUCCUUUGGGUUUAUUGUUUUUGUUGUGGAUUGGGAGCAUUUAAGUAGGAGUUGAUGGUGUCGAGAUGAGUUCUUUUGCGCGUUGUUGAUAAAUGUAUGUUAAAUUUUGAACGUUAAAGAGAGGAAACAUCGACUCCGUUAGAGGUGUUUUUUGUUUUGUGUAUCUGUAGUGUAUGUUGUUUUGGAUCUAGGCAUAUAUAUUGUAACGUUGUCUGGAGAUUAGUAUCAACAUUGGGUGAAUGUUGUUUUGCCUGGGUGCAAUCUUUUUAGAUGGAAGGGGGGUUUCCAUAAGCAUCAAGAUAGCCAGGCAUCAUGGUGUUAGAAGAAGAGCAAGCGAGGUACAGCAGUGGCAGUAGAGGUGGUGGUAAAAAGAAGAAUAAGCAGAACAAAAUCCCUCAGCGAGGUCUCGGAGUUGCUCAGCUAGAGAAGCUACGGAUAGAAGAGCAGCAAAAGAACGUCGCCUCUUCUUCCUCUAGUGCUUCACAAGGCAUGAGCCUUUUCCCCUCACAGCAGCCCAUCCUUCCCUUCCUGACGGCCCCAAAUGAUCCGAAUCCAAUGCUGAGGCCGGUGGUCAAUCCUGAUCCCCUGCUCGGGCAUCCAGAAACUAUUUCGACCCCAGCCAGCUACUUCAACAACACCCUGCCUCAAGUCUUGGAAAAUUCCAUUGCUGGUUCGGGGAAUUCUGGGAAUGGGUUCUUGCCCAUGUUGUGGAACACAGCGGAGCCGAGCCCUCUCAAUGCGGGGGCACUGCCUAGAGAUUUCGGCUUUCGUACUCCGCCGGAUGCUGAAUGGCGGUCCUCUGGCCUUUUGCGGAGGAGGCAACAGCAGCAGGUCUCGCCUAUUUCAGUGGUGAACAAGGCAUUGCCGCCUUCAUCGUCUGGAGCUAGUCUUCAGAUGGAGCCCCCUUCAAACCAAAGUUAUACCAGUAACUACAAUUUGUCCUCCUUCUGGCCAGAGGAGGAGAGGGUGGUUGGCAUGAAGCGGCGAUGGCCCUUUCAUCUCGACGGCAUGCCUGGUCACACGUCCUUCCCCUGCAAAAAUCCAUCAUUCUCGAGCUCACAUCUAAAACCAAAUGAAUCUAUGCACGACUUCAUAAAAUCCGAAACUAAAACAACAGAUUUUAGAGGGGAAACUUCCAGUUCUAGCAUAUGUGACAUUGAAUGCAAAAGGUUUGUCGAUCUUGACAAUAGCAAUAAAGAAAAUGGUGGUGCCAUGGAUGGUGGUUUCCUCAGCUUAGGCCUUUCGCCGGCAUCAUGCAUCCCAAAACUUAAGCAGGCAACUCUCAUCCAACCCCCCAGUGUUCUAGAUUAUCCUGAAUUCAGCUUUGUGCCCUCUCAAGGAAGCAUGAGUGAUGCCAUCUCUUCAUCGCAACCGCCCUUCUACAGUUUCUUGCCUAUGGGACCAAACAGCUGUGAGAAAACUUUGAAUGAACCUAGAAGGGAAGCACUGGAUGGUGUUGAUCUCAACUUGAAGCUGUAGAAGUCCUGCCAAGGAAAGGAAGGGCUGAAUCCGACCAUCCUACCUGGUAGAUGAAGAGUUACACAUAACACAUUGCUGUUGGAAGCAACUGCACUGCAAUGCCAGAUACACUAAUCUUUGGUAAGAGACUCCAAGGUUUCAUCAAGUUUCUGUCGUCCACCGUUCAAAAGGGAAAACAACAUGCAUAAAUUGGUCGGUGAAUGCCUUUUCGAUUCCCUCUUUGAAGUCAAUUAGUAGCUUCUUUAGCUACUAGAGGUUGCAGUUGGGUUUCUGAAUGCAAGCACCAUGGAGUUGAAUGGAACUUGAGUGCAAUUACAAACAUCAGAUGAGGGGGAAUCUUGCCAGACUUGUGCCACAACCUUGCAUCUUCAAAUCGAUUGAGUUUCCCAGUUUUAAGCAGUGCUGCAGCGAGCUAAAAUGAAUGGUAUGUAACAUAAAGUUUAAGUCCACAGGAGCUGGUAGGUGUGGCAUGUGACCUAACACUAAUUUAAUAUCUCCGAGUGCAAGCAGUUUCA